AUGGUCUCCCCCAAUGGCAAAGUGGACUUCGGCCAGAACUAUGCAGUCCUCAACCUCGAUUGGAUGCCUCUUCUUCUAAAUCCCAUUGAAGAGUCACCGGAGGGCCAAUCGCUCAUUGCCAAUUACUCUCAGUGGAAUAAUGUCGUUCACAAAAUGAGUGAUCGACCCCUUACUAUUUUCACGACUUUGCAGUUCAAUCGUGGACAAUCAGACGUCAAACCCAACACGCCCUUUUCUAAGCUCAUUGAACCAUUCGGCACCCUUGAGACUGGUUCCCCCGGAGUCGGGAUUGAUCCUCGCUUCACAGUCGAUGAGGAAGAUGUCGUGCUUUCCAAAACAAGAUGGUCUGCUACUACUGGGAAUAAUUUGGAGCAACUGCUGAAAGCCCAGGAUAUUGAUACGGUUGUUAUCUCCGGGCUGAGUCUAACUGGAGUCGUAAUGUCUACAAUUUACCGAUUGUUUGAUUUGGAUUACAACAUCUUCGUUAUUGCAGAUAGUGUUCUGGAACUUCCGCCAAGUCAGCACAACGAGAUCUCUAGGGUCAUACUAGGGACUCUUUUGCCCAAGAUGAAUAUUGAAGUCAUUACCCUAGGCCAGGCCCUUCAGGCUCUAUUAGGCACAUCUUUAAUAAAUUGA